CUGCUGCUGUGCUGGAAGGUGACAUAAUCCCCUCGUCCCUUCGCUAACAGGCUGGGAUACAGCACCGGACCAAUCAGAUGGCAUCGCUCAGCAACCAAUGAAGGGGCAGCUUGCAUCCCCAGCCAGGCAAAGGCUUUGGGUACCCAAGCAUCAGAGCUCCAGCUCGGCUAUGUGCGAGUGUCAGCCUGCGCCUGAUUUACGGCUCUGCUGAAAAGGGAUUGAUUUUUUUUUUCCCAGCAACAUCGGCAACAAGUCAGAAAUUACAUCUUUGGGCAUUCGAGGUGAUGCAACAGAAAUCAUUCGAAGGAAGUAAACCCGCAUGGCCAGACUCUGUGAGAAAUGGCAACUUAUACAAGCCUUUCCGCUGCCCCCAGUGUGGAGAAAAUGCCCGUUUCAGAAGCUUGUCUUCCUUGAGGGCGCAUCUAGACUACUUGCACAGCUAUGAAGAAAGGUAUUUUUAUGGGAAAUCUGGCAUUUUUUGCUCCCUGAAAGAUAACGACCUUAAAGCGUCCAUAGGACCUCUUCAGGAAACGCAGAUAAAUGCUACAGACGACUUAAAACCAAAAAGUAGAUCUCCAUCUUUUCAUGACAUGACGAACGAGUGCAGAAAGAUAAGCGUUCCCAUGGAAGUAUCUGAAAGACCUUCACCUCUCCCGAAAAACCCCUAUCCUACCGACUCUCCGGGCCUCCAUAAUUCUCUCUCGGAGUUCCCUGCAAACAGGACUAUGCUGGAGCAGCGAGAGAUGGAGAUGCUUGACCAAAUUGUAGAAACUGUGGAUAAGACCAUUGAGAAAAGAAUUGAGAAACUGAAUAAAGAACUUUGCCUAAAAACGUCCGAGCUGCUGGAAGUUCGGGCAGCUUUUCUACAGCUCUCUCAGAAGAAACAGGAGGUCCAGCGUCGAGAGCGGGCACUGAGUCGGCAGGUUGACGUUGCUGUUGAGUUGAUUGCAGUACUCAGGCAGCGGCUCACUGAAUCUGAGCAGGAACUCCAGAGAAAAGAGGAGCAAGUUGUUUCAAUAAACCAUUUUCUGGAGGCAGCGGCUGAAAAGGAGUUUCAUGGUAAAAGGCGACUACAACGGUUCAUUGAGAACCUGCUACUGCGAGUGGAACUUGCCGAAAAACAACUGGAAUAUUAUCAGAAUCGUCAAAUCAAGAACAGCCAAGCAAAUGGCGGUGAUGCGAUUGUUGGACCUGUUCCAGCUAACAGGAGAAGCAAGUGCCAAAACCGUGGCAGUUACCACCCCGGAAAUGUUGCUCCUGAUGCCAAAGCUCCAUCUGCACAGAAAGGGCGAUCCUAUAUCAAUCGAGUGGGGAUACAGCCAAUGAAAUUGCUCCACGAGUCUUCUGACUAUCCGAGGGAGCUCUGGAAGUCGCAGAAGAAAGGCGAUCCUCUGGUGUCUGCCAGAAAGCUACACAGCAAAUCCAAACUGGGGAAGAAAUCAGGCCCAUGCAGUAGUGUUUACAAGCAAUAUUAAAUUUUACAGUUAUAUUUUACAUAUUAAUAAAGCCAGAAAAGCAUCUCUCUGAGGGCCAUUCUACAAGAUUGUUGGCAUAUGAUGUCCAAGGCAUGUUGCUAUGUCUGUACGCAGCAUGAUUGGAUAUCACUUGCAUUUCAAAUGCCCGUGUGAUGCUCCAAUUUAACAUGAAUAUCACAUGAGAAGACGUAUUUUGUGAGCAAUCAGCAUGUAGGAAAUGGUCCUAGGUUUCCUUAGGAAGAUGCUACUGAUUUGUAAACAAUUUUUAAUGAUAAGAGCUGUCUUUAAGGUGGUGAUGGGGCAGCUGGGACCCUCAACACAUGUAGGCAGGAACCCCUACUGAGCAGUAGCUGUAAGUAGUAAUAGGGUAAAAAUAAUUGACCAAAUACGUAUGUAUUUUUCAGAUGUGUAUGCUGCAACAUGUAGCCUUUAUGAAGGCUCUACUGCUCCAUGGGAUCAUGAAUUGUACGAAAAAGUUGUGUCAUAGGAAAGGGAUGGUUCACCUUUACCUUAACUUUAAGUAUGUUAUAGAAUGGCCCACUCUAAGCAACUUUUCCAUUGGUC